AUGCCUAUCACCAACCAGGAGGCCGCUCCCGGUGCUGCCAUGAAGGCUGAGAUUGAGGACUACUCCAAGGCAUUGGAGGUCGUGAAGACCUAUACUACCCAGGACGGUCUUGAUGCCGACACUCUCCUGGACUCCGACAAGCACGGAGCUCUUACCUACAAUGAUUUCCUGAUCCUCCCUGGUUACAUCGGCUUCCCUGCCUCUGAUGUCACUCUGGAGACCCCCGUUACCAAGCGUAUCUCGCUGAAGGCCCCCCUUCUCUCAUCUCCUAUGGAUACCGUCACUGAGCACAACAUGGCCAUUCACAUGGCUCUGCUCGGUGGUCUCGGUGUUAUUCACCACAACUGUGCCCCAGAGGACCAGGCCGAGAUGGUCCGCAAGGUGAAGAGAUAUGAGAACGGUUUCAUUCUCGACCCCGUUGUUCUCUCCCCCAAGGCCACUGUUGGCGAGGCUCGCGACUUGAAGGCCAAGUGGGGUUUCGGUGGCUUCCCUGUCACUGAGAACGGCACCCUUCGCUCUAAGCUUAUUGGUAUGGUCACUUCCCGUGACAUCCAAUUCCACCCCAACCUUAAUGACCCCGUGACUGCUAUCAUGGCCACUGACCUGGUCACUGCCCCCGCUGGAACUACUCUGGCUGAAGCCAACGAUGUUCUGCGUCGCUCAAAGAAGGGCAAGCUGCCCAUCGUUGAUGACAAUGGAAACAUUGUCUCUCUCCUUUCUCGAUCGGACUUGAUGAAGAACCUGCACUACCCAUUGGCCUCUAAGCUGCCUCAAUCUAAGCAGCUUAUCUGUGCUGCCGCCAUUGGCACCCGUGAACAGGACAAGGAGCGUCUUAAGCUCCUCGUUGAGGCUGGUCUUGAUAUUGUUAUCCUUGACAGUAGUCAGGGUAACAGCAUGUACCAAAUUGAAAUGAUCAAGUACAUCAAGAAGAACCUGCCCGAGAUUGAUGUUAUCGGUGGUAACGUUGUUACCCGCGAACAGGCUGCUGCUUUGAUUGCUGCUGGUGUCGAUGGCCUGAGAAUUGGCAUGGGCAGCGGUAGCGCUUGCAUCACUCAGGAAGUUAUGGCUGUCGGCCGUCCCCAGGCCGCUUCCGUCCGCAGCGUCGCUUCUUUUGCCGCUCGUUUCGGUGUCCCCUGUAUCGCCGACGGUGGUAUUCAGAACGUUGGCCACAUCGUCAAGGGCCUGGCCAUGGGUGCCAGCACUAUCAUGAUGGGUGGUCUCCUUGCCGGUACCACCGAGUCUCCCGGUGAGUACUUCGUCAGCAGCGGCGGCCAGCUCGUCAAGGCCUACCGUGGUAUGGGCAGUAUUGCCGCCAUGGAGGAUAAGAAGGCUGGUGGCAGCGGCGGUGACAGCAAGGCCAGCAACGCUGGUACCGCCCGUUACUUCUCUGAGAAGGACGGUGUCCUGGUCGCCCAAGGUGUUGCCGGUUCCGUUCUUGACCGCGGUUCCGUCACCAAGUUCGUUCCCUACCUCAUUGCCGGUGUCCAGCACUCCCUGCAGGACAUUGGUGUGAAGAGCCUCGAUGCUCUGCACGACGGUGUCAACAAUGGCAGUGUGCGCUUUGAAAUGAGAAGCGCCAGCGCCAUGACUGAGGGUAACGUCCACGGUCUGCACAGCUUUGACAAGAAGCUUUACUCUGUGAUUCUCGUUUCUCCAAAGAACGAGAUCCUUUUACUUCAUCGUAUCCAAACAUCAAGUUCAUUCGCCUCAGCCCAUGUCUUCCCUGGUGGGAAUCUUUCAACCCAGGAUGGAAUGUGUCCACCACCCGAAGACCUCUCACGACACGAAGAUUCCCCUUCUUACCGGCGUGCAGCAAUCAGAGAGCUUUUCGAAGAGAGUGGCAUGCUUCUUGCAAAAGACAGUAACACCGGCAAAAUGCUAGUUGUUAAAGAAGAGGCCAGAGAACUUGGCCGGAAACUAAUUCACCAGGGCAAGGUCACAUUUGACGACUGGCUAAAAGAGAAGCAAUCUUCUGCUCAGCCAGAUAUAGAUCAUUUGAUUCCAUUUUCACGUUGGAUUACCCCGAAUAAUGUGACAAGGCGAUAUACCACCCAGAUGUACCUCUAUUUUAUGCCAUUGGCAGUAAAUGCUGAUGAAGAUCUUCUAAGUGAACUCCCUGUCGAAGGCGAGCGCGAAGAAAUCCAAGUCCCUACUAGUGAUGGUGGUAUAGAAGUCACCGAAGCGCAGUUUCUCCCAGCUAUAGAAUGGCUUCGUCGCGCACAGAGCGGCGAAAUAAUCUUGUUUCCACCACAAUAUCUCCUCUUACAUUUAGUGUCGGGCUUUCUCGACAAGCAACCCCGAUCAGAUAUCUCAGUGGAAGAGAUUGAGAAACGCCGAGCCGCGCUUGUCGACUUCGUACAGUCAGGUUCUCCGCCUUGGACUCAAAAGUGUAUUUCUCCAAAGAUGUUGAAGAUGACUGACGACGGGCGGGUCAUUUUGGCCCUUAACGAGCCUGGUCCUGAGCUUAGAGGCUACGUGCCCCGCAAGUGCAGCGCUACCAACCGCAUCAUCAAGGCCAACGACCACGCCUCUGUCCAGAUCUCCGUCGGCAAGGUUGACGAGAACGGCCGCUACACUGGCGAGAACGAGACCUACGCUCUUUGCGGUUUCAUCCGCAACCGCGGCGAGUCCGAUGACUCCCUGAACCGCCUGGCCCAGCGUGACGGUUACCUCAAGAACGUGUGGACUGCUUCCCGCCAGCGCUAA